AAAGCAAAAACAAAUCAAUAUUUAAAUCAAAAUCAACAUCAAAAUCAAGAGCAAUUAAAAGAGAAAUUUCGUUUCUUGCGCUGCACUCAAACGGCCUUCAAAAUUCAGCUUAAGCAGGAAAUGCACGCUCUGAAGGAGGGCGCUACCAUGAUGCACCAUCAGCCGCCGCCGCCGCUGCCGCUGUCGUUGCCGCAAGCGCUGCCUUUGCCGCAGUCGCAGUCACAGUCGCCGCACAAGGAUUUAUUGAGUGCAGCUGACAAAUAUUUUUUUACCGCCCACAGCAAUCCGAUUGACAAUGCUGCCGCCGCAGCAGCCGCUGCCGCUGCCGGUCUAAUUGAUCCGCAUCACAAUCGCGAUCUGCACAAUGCGCUGGUCGCCUCCAUAGCCAACAGCAACGUGGCUGCCAUCAACGGUACAUUGACCACAGCUGCGGUGCUCAAGAGCGCUGCAGCUGCCCAAGCACAGGCCCAGGCCCAGGCACAGGCACAGGUUCAGGUGCAACAAACACAGCAACAAAGCGCUGCUGCCGCCGCCGUCGGGCAGACCCAACAGCAGCCCACUGGUGGACAGGAUCAGGCCAACGCACAGACCAAUGGCAACCAACAGCAGGCGACUGCACAACAGCAACAACAACAACAGCAGGCGGCUCAACAGGCCGCCUUGGCGCUUCUGAAGGUGGAGAAUGUGAAUGGAGCCGCUGCACAAAAUGGCAGCGGUGCCAAUUUGAGCAUCAAGAGCAGCUCCUCGGGCCGCUCCACUCCUAGCAAUAGCGGUGGCAGCCUCUCAGAUCCCGCACCCGGCAAACUAUUUGUCGGCGGCCUCAGCUGGCAGACAUCCUCAGAGAAGUUAAAGGAAUAUUUCAACAUGUUUGGCACCGUUACAGAUGUGCUCAUUAUGAAGGAUCCGGUCACCCAGCGUAGUCGCGGCUUUGGCUUCAUCACAUUCCAAGAACCCUGCACCGUGGACAAGGUGCUGAAGGUACCCAUACAUACACUGGACGGCAAGAAGAUCGACCCCAAACAUGCCACGCCCAAGAAUCGACCACGCCAGGCCAAUAAGACCAAAAAGAUAUUUGUGGGCGGCGUCUCACAGGACACCUCCGCCGAAGAGGUGAAAGCCUAUUUCAGUCAAUUUGGCGCCGUCGAGGAAACAGUCAUGCUAAUGGAUCAACAGACGAAACGCCAUCGCGGCUUUGGUUUUGUCACCUUCGAGAAUGAGGAUGUGGUGGAUCGCGUCUGUGAGAUACAUUUCCAUACCAUCAAGAACAAGAAGGUCGAAUGCAAGAAGGCGCAACCCAAAGAGGCUGUCACACCCGCCGCCCAGUUGCUACAGAAGCGCAUCAUGCUGGGCACCCUCGGCGUACAGCUGCCAACGGCACCGGGUCAGCUUUUGGGCGCACGAAGCGCUGGCGUUGCCGCCAUGAAUCCAUUGGCCAUGCUGCAGACACCAACACAGCUGCUGCAAUCGCCAGCGGCUGCAGCAGCCGCACAGCAGGCGGCGCUCAUAUCACAGAAUCCAUUUCAAGUACAAAACGCAGCCGCCGCUGCCACAAUGGCCGCUAAUCAGAGCAACUUUGGCAAACUGCUUGCCACAUAUCCGCAGACAGCGCUGCACGGCGUCAGAUAUGCACCCUACACCAUACCCGCCAGCGCCGCCACUGCCAAUGCCGCAUUGAUGCAGGCACAUCAGGCACAGAAUGCCGCCGUGGCCGCCCAUCAGCAGCAGCAAUCGCAUAAUGCUCAUGCACAUGCCGCUGCCGCCGCCGCCGCUGCCGCCGGUCUGCAUCAGCAGCAUCAUCAUCAUCAGCAGCAUCAGCAGCAACAGCAACAGCAGCAACAACAGCAGCAACAUCAUCACCACAAUGCGGCCGCUGCCGCCGUCGCAGCCGCUGCCUCCAACAAUGCUGCCUCACAGGCCCAUUCGGCCGCCGCUGCUGCCGCUUUGGCUGCCAAUGCGGCAAACGGAGCGGGCGCCAAUGCGCAUUCGCUGGCCGCCGCCCAACAGGCGGCACUCGUCGCCGGCAAUCCAUUGAAUGCAGCAGCUGCUGCGGCUGCAGCUGCAGCUGGCAAUCCGGCUGCCGGCUAUCCCAAUUAUGCGUUGGCCAAUGUGGACAUGUCCAGUUUCCAGGGUGUCGAUUGGAGCAGCAUGUAUGGCAUGGGCAUGUAUGUCUAAGCAGUUCGGUGAAUCGCAACUGCCCCUGACACAUUCUUUUUAUCUUUCUUUGUAAUUUGCAUACAAUUUUACAAACACACACACACCUACUCUCUACACACACAUAUACAAAUCUCACCACCCCACAAAAUUUGGUUUACCUUUUGGUUUAACUUAGUUCUUAGUGCCACAAACACACACACACUCAUAGACUCCUAUACACACACACACACACCCGCACACGUAAUUCACAGCAUAUUAAGUAUUAUAUUUAAGACUCUAGCCACGCCCCUAACGCGUUCUAUAAUAAUAACAAUAAACAUGAUAAGCAAUAUAACAACAACAAGAGCAGCCCGCGAGGCAAAGCUGCGACUAAGCAGAGCAAAUAAGAAAACAAGAAGUUUAUAAAAAAAUAAUGAAAAAAAAUUAAACCAAAAAUUACGAAAAAAAAAAACACACAAAAAAAAAAACAAUUAAAAAAACCACCGAUUGUGAUUGCGUUUAUUUGUAGCAGUUUAUAUGAUUUUUAGUGCAUAAAACUAAAUAUAACUAAAACGUAAAAAAGGAAAAACUAUUCUAUAACAUAAAAAC